AUGACUGAAACCGAAGUAGCAAUUUCUGGUAAUAGUGGUGGUGUCAGUGGUGAUACAGAAAUUGAUUUAUAUGCUGAUGUUGUUGAAAAUGAACUUGAAACAGGAACGGGCGACGAUUAUAUGGCUCAUGAUGAACAUAUAGCACACGAUGCAGAUUUAUAUGAUGAUGUUAUUACAACACAAUCAUCCGUUACAGAUUUUACUGAUAUAACAAAUACAGUCAAUCAACAUAAUACGAAACUUGAUCAUUCAAAUGGAUCGACAACGGGUAGAAAUACACCAUCAAGUGGUUAUAGUGGAAAACGUGUAUCACUCUAUGUUGGUCAAUUAACUUGGUGGACAACAGAUGCUGAUUUAGCUGAUGCUAUUCAUGAUUUAGGUAUAAAUGAUUUAUUAGAAGUUAAAUUUCAUGAAAAUCGUGUUAAUGGUCAAUCGAAAGGUUUUGCUGUUGUUACUGUUGGUUCUGAAGCAUCUUCUCGAAUUAUAUCAGAAAAAAUGCCUAAACGAGAAAUACAUGGUCAAAAUCCAACAGUUUUACCUGGUAAUAAACAAUCAUUAAGUUUUUUUGAAGGUGUUACUCGUAAAGAUGCACCAAUGGAACCUAUGCCACAAAUGACUGCACCACCUCUUCAUCCUAUGAUGCGUCCACCAAUUGGUCUUCCACUUCCAAUGCCUCGUGCUGGUCCUAUGGAUGGGCAAUAUCGUUUUCCACCUCAAGGACCUGUUAUUUUAUCCGGAGCACCACAUGGUAUGCCUCGUCAACAAAUGCAAUUAACUCUUGGUCCACGUGGUCAUGUACCUGGUAGUCCAAUGGUUCUUGGCCGAAUGCCUGGUCCACCUCCACCCGGUGUUCAUCAACAACAACCUGUACUUAUUAUGCAACGACCUGGUGUUCCACCAGGCACUAAUGGACCACCUCUUGUUCGUCAAUCAUUGGCACCUGGCGGACCAGGUGUUCCAGGAUCUUCGAAUUCACCUCCACAUGGUGUUCCACAUCCCGGUCAACCACAUCCUGAUCCAUAUUAUCGUAGUGUUGAUACUCGUUCUGAUCCAUCAAAUAUGGUUCCUAUUAGUGAAGCAGAAUUUCAAGAAAUAAUGGAUCGUAAUAAAACAGUAUCAAGUAGUGCAAUUGCUCGAGCUGUUCAAGAUGCAUCUGCCGGUGAAUUUGGUACGGCUAUUGAAACAUUAGUAACAGCAGUAUCACUUAUAAAACAAUCAAAAAUUGCGAAUGAUGAUCGUUGUAAAAUUUUAAUCAGUUCUUUACAAGAUACACUUAAAGGUAUUGAAGAUAAAUCAUAUGGACAACGAGCACGUCAUCGAAGUCGAUCAGGAUCACCACGUGAAUCAUCACGUAAGAAACAUCGUCAUCGUUCACGUAGUCCACGUGAUCGUAAUGAAUAUCGACGUAGUGAGGAUUAUGAUGGCAAAUAUAGUCGUGAACAUCGACGACGUUGA